AAUAAUAAUAAUAAUAAUAAUAAUAAUAAUAAUAAUAAUAAUAAUAAUAAUAAUAAUAAUAAUAAUAAUGAUAAUAAUAAUAAUAAUAAUAAUAAUAAUAAUAAUGAUAAUAAUAAUAAUAAUAAUAAUAAUAUAGAAAAAUUGAAAAAUACAAAUUAUUUAAAAAAAAAAAAUGAAGAAUACGUUUUAUUAAAUAAGAAAAAUAUGAUUAAAAAAGUCAGAAAAAAAAGAAAAAAAUAUAUGAUUAAAAAUAUAUUUAGGAAAAAUAAGAUAAAAUUAAAUAGAUAUAUAUAUAAUGAAAUACUUCAUAUAAACAUAAAAGAAUAUAAAAGACUAUGUAUGAGCUUAAAAAAUUUGAAUAAACACAUAAAUACAAAUGUUAGAAACAGUGAACUUAAAAAAAGAUAUAGAAGAAAUUUUUUAAACAAGCAUUUUUCAAUAAAAGGAAAAAGAUGUAUUUAUUAUAAUGAUUUAAAUUUUAAUGAAAAAAUAUUAUUAUUAGUAUUUCUUCUAUUAAAGCACAAGGACAUUUUUGAGAUUUUUAUAAAUAUUAAUAAUCAAAUUUGCGAUAUAGUAAGAAAUAAAAAUUUCUUCAUUUGUUUAAAUUCCUUGAUAAAUGAAAAAGAUUAUUAUUUAAGUAAUAAUUUUUAUUAUUCUUGCUAUAAGAAAGAGUACAUCUUAAAUUAUAUCUUAAGAUCAUUGUAUAAUUCCAAUAAAUCCUUUGAUUUAAAAAGUUUUGAAAAAAAAUUAAAGCAUCUAUAUGGGUUAGAUAAGAAUAAGCUUUAUUUUAAUAUAUUUGGUUAUCAAUAUACAAAUAAUGCUUAUUUAAGAAAUUCAGAGGACUUAAAACAUGAGGAAAAUGAAAAUAUUCAUAAAACAAAAGAUUAUGGCGCAUUUAAUAACUAUAAAAACAGUGAUAAAUUAAAAGAGAAAGAAAUUGUAAAAUUAAAAAUAAAUAAUUCACUAAAUUAUACGAAUAUUUUGAAUAAUAAAGAUCUUUUAAAAAAGCACAUUGAUGAGAAUGAGAUUAACACAAAUAUAUUAAAAAAAGAAAGUAAAAAUAACAUUUUUAUGAAUUCAAUAUAUUUUGAUAAUCUUUCAUAUAAAGAAAAUAUGACUAGAAAAUUUGAUUAUGAGAUAAAUAAUGACGAUUUUAAAAAUAAAAAUUGUCAUAAUUAUGAUGAAAUUUCAACGAGUGAUAAUAAUAAAUAUAACUCAAAUAAUUUGGAUGAAAAUAAUUUAAAUGUAAAAAUUUCUAUUGAAAAUAAAUUUCAUAAAAAUAUAAAUGAAAAUUUAAAUGAUACAUCUGGCAAAUUCAUUGCGCAUGAUAAUUUAUAUAAAUUUUUUCAAAAUAAUCAGAAUGAAUUAAUAACAUAUAUGAGUAUUCUUGUAAAUAAUUAUAUGAGUAAUAUUAAUAAUAAUAAUAAUAUUUUCAAUUCCAUAUAUGAAUAUAAUAAUGAUGGAGGUUAUUUUGAUAAAUCAAAUGUUGAAUUAAAAAUAGAAGGAAAGGCCAAUUUAAAUUAUGAAAAUUUUAAAAUAAAUUUAUAUAACAAAAUUAUAAACAUUUUAAAUAUACUAGAUCAAAUAGAUAAUUAUAAUAUAAAAAAAUCAAAUGAUAAUGCUGAAAACAAAAAAUACAUAAAUAAUAAUCCAUUAAUUAAUGUAAACACAAAAAUUAUAGAAGGUAAUAAUCUAAGUAAUAUAAAGGAUUUAUCUAAAAAACAGAGUUUAUUAUGUGAAGAAAAUGUGAAUAUAAAAAAAGAUAGUUAUGAAUAUGAAAAAUGUUAUUACAAUGUAAGCAUUGAAAAUGAUAAUGGUAACACAAUAAAUGACACUUAUACAUCUGAUCUAAAAGGAGUUAAAAAUAAUUGCACUGUAAAAACAUUUAGCGAACACAAUAAAUAUGAAGGAAAAGUAAAUGAAAAUAGUUUUUUUAGUAAUAAAAAUAAUAGCAAAACGAACACUGAACAUAAUAGGAAAAUUAAUUUUAAAAACUUAAACAGUGAUAUAUGUAAAUAUAAUGAGUUUAGUAAAAACAGUAAUAUUUAUAUUACUACUAAUAAUAAUGGAUAUGUUAAUGGCUGUGAUGAUAUAUGCUUUAAUAAUUUUAAUAAUAACGAUAACAAAGAAAGAAGUAACUGCAUAAUAAAUAAUAUUGAACAAAAUAAUGCUUAUAAAGAAUAUGUAGAGGAAGAUUAUAUUAAAGAAGAAAUCUACAAUUUUACCAAUGAUAAAAAUAUUAAUAUGCACGUAAACAUUAAUAAACAAAAUCAUUCUAGUUAUUAUUUUAAUAACACAAACAAUAAAAUGGAUAUCAAAAAUGGAAUUAAUUUAAUUAGUAAAAAAUUUUUGACAAAUAGAAAUCAUAUUGAUAAUAAUAAGGAAUAUAUUUCAAGUAACAAUAUAAAAAAUAAAAUUGAUGAAAUUGUUAAUUAUGAAUGCAGUAAAAAUAUUUGUAAUUGUAUAGAUAACAAAUUAACAAAUGAUGAAUUUUUUUCAAAAAAAAACAAUAAUUCAAAUGAUUUUUUAAAAUCCAACAAAGGAGAUAAUGCAAAUAAAUUAAUGCCUUUAAAUUUAGACAAUAUUUCAAAAAAUUAUGAUACUAUACAUAAAAAUGAGCAAGCAUUUAAAAAUAAUUCUUGCUCAAAUACAAAUACAAAUACUGAUAACUAUAUAGUUAAUAUAUAUGGAACAAAUUAUGCAAGCAAUGAAAGUAUAAGUAGUAAUAUGAUUCAAAACAAAUUUUGUAACAUUUUAUCAGAUUCAUCACAAAAUAACAUAUUAAAAAAAUCAAGUUUUGAUCUAGAAAAAAAUAUAAACGAAAUUUUUUUAAAUAAAGAAAAGGAAAAGGAUGCUUCUUAUACAAAAAAAAAUUCAAAUAAAGAUAUAGAGGCUUCUAAUUCUUUUAGUUAUACAGAAUGUCUGUCUAAUAAUUUUAAUAAAAGUUUUAAUGCUUAUAAUGAUAAUAAUGAAAAUAAAAUUUCUAAUGAUAAUAUAAAACUUAAUGAAAAUUAUAAAUAUUAUGUAGAAAAAAAUAAAGAGAACAGUAAUUUUAUAAUAGAUAGUUAUAAUAAUUAUGGAUAUGAUUUUAAUAGCAAUUUUAAUUGUAAAGAUAAUUUUAAUUUUAAUGAAUUAAAUGAUAAAACAAAUGUUAAUGAUUUUAAUGAAUUUAAUGUUGAAAUUGAUUUUAAUGAUUUGAAUAAAUAUAACGAUAAAAUGAAUUUAGAUUAUUUCAAUGAAUUUAAUGUUAAAAUUGAUUUUAAUGAUUGGAAUAAAUUAAGUGAAAAAGGUAUUUUUGAUGAUUUGAAGAUCUUUGAUGAUAUUAAUUCAAUAAAAAAUGGUGGUAAGAAAUUAAAUAAAAAGAAAGAAAAAUACUUAAAUUUGGUCAAUAAUGAAACUAAUAAUUGUAAUAAUAAAAAUGCUAACAACAGUAAUAAUAUAAAUGAUAACAAUAAUAACAAGAGCAAUAAUUAUUUUAAGAUAAACAGCCCUAAAAGUGAUGUUCACAUUAAAAUAGAUUUGAAUAUUGAUUGUAAUAACUAUAAUUUUAAUAGAAAAAAUAAUAAUGAAAUGAAAGAAUAUUGCAAUUUAAGUGAAGAAUUAUUAAGUAGCAGUAACAAUACUGAAAGUACUGUUGCAAUUAGCUGUGAUAGCAAUAAAGCAUACAAAGAUGAUGUCACAAAUAAUGGUAAAUUACCAACUCAAAUUGAUACAUAUGAGUUAAAUAAAAAUAAUGAAAGUUCAUUAAAAGAUAUUACUUUAAAUAAUGUAAAAUAUUCAUUUAAUUAUGAUUAUGAUAGUGAAAAUAUAAAUAACAACGAAUUGAGUGAUUAUUUAAAUUUUAAAAGUAAAUUAGAUGUUUUUACUUACGUAGAAAAUGAUUUAUUAACUUAUGAAAAUGAGGAAGAUAAAAAUUGUAUAUAUUCGAAAUUAAAUGAAAUGAAUAUAAAUGAAAAUAAACUAUUAAAUGACUCAUUGUAUUUGUAUAAAAGAUCAAAUAAUAGAUCAAGGACUUCGCCACCUCAAAUGCACUGUAAUGAUAAAGAGCUGGUCAAAUAUUUAGAAAUGAAUCAAAAUAUAAAUAAUGAUUAUUUAUAUGUAUUCGAUAUUAAUAAUAUGUGUAAUGAAAAUAAUUUAUUUAGUAGAAACAUAAAUGGUGAAGUUUUUUAUGAUUUAAAUACUAUUAAAAAAGAAAAAUAUAACAAUAAAAAAAAAGACGGAGAAGAGAAAGAAGGAAGGGAUAAAGAAGAUGAAAAGGAAACAAAAGUAAAAGAAGAGGAAAAAUUAUGUAAAAAAAUUAAUACUAAGGAAAAUACAAGUGAACAGUUGUAUAAUGAUAUUAGAAAAAGUAAUGAAAAUGUAAUAUCAGAAGAAGCAGAACAAAAUGAAAAGAAACGUUUAGUUGAUAAUAAUAAUAUAGUUAAUAACGAAGAAGAUGAUAUAAAUUUAAAAAAAACUUCUCAUUUUACGAAUGCUUUAAAUGAUACAAAUGAUAAUGAAAGCAAUAUUCAAAAAAAUGUAAGAAAAUUAGAUACAUUGCAGGAAAAUAAAAUAAAUAAUGUGGCAGAUAAUACAAAAAAUGUUCAAGACAUUUUACAUAUAAAUGGACAAUGUAAACCAUGUGCUUUUUAUUAUAAUAAAAAAAAAGGAUGUAGAAAUGGAGAUAUUUGCGAAUUUUGUCAUCACAUAGAUCAUUCAAAUCUAUCAUUAAAACAAUGGAAGAAACAACAGAAGAAAAUGAUUAAGUUAGGUCUUCUUAGUAUUGAUAAUAAAUCAAAGAAAGAAAGUUUAUCUAUCGGUACAGAGAUAAGUGAAAAUAACAAUUGUAAUACUACGUUAAAAAACAUAAAUAGUAUUAUUUUAAAUAGUGCAAAUAACAAUAGUAAGUUAAAUUUAAGCAAUAAUAAAAAGACGUGUGCCUUUAUUUUAAAGAAUUCCAGUAAUAGCAAAAUAAAUUCUAAUAAUAACGAUCAUAAUAGUACUAUAAAAAAUAUAAAUAAUAAUAAUUAUAAUGAUAAUCAAAGUAAUAGAAAUAGCAGUAGUAAUAAUAUUAACAAUAACAAUAAUAAUAAUAAUAAUAAUAAUAAUAAUAAUAAUAAUAAUAAUAAUAAUAAUAAUAAUAAUAAUAAUAACAAUAAUAAUGAUAAUAAUGCCAAUACUACUACUACUACGGCUAAUAAUAAUAAUUUUAAUAUUAUUAAUAAUAUUAAUAAUAAUAAUACAAAUACUAAUACUAAUACUAAUAAUAUUAAUACUAAUAAUACUAAUACUAAUAAUAAUAAUAAUAACAUUACUAAUAAUAUAAACGCGAAUAUUAUUAAUAAUGGAGAUAAUUAUAUCAAUACUAAUAGCAAUAUCAAUAACUUUAAUAAUAAUAAUAAUAAUACAAAUAAUAAUAAUAAAAAUAAUCCUAAUAAUAAUAACUAUUCUAAUAGAAAUUAUAAUAAUAAUAGUAAUAUUACUAAUAACAAUACCAAUACAACAACUACUAAUAAUAAUUAUUCUUAUAAAGAUAGUAAUGAUAAUAAUGCUACUAAUACUAUUACUACUACAACCAAUAAUAAUAAUUAUACUAAUAAUAGUAUGAUUAUGAGUAUUAACAAUAGUAAUAAAAAUAAUAAGUUGAAUAAUUCAUACAUUAGUAAUGAUUUAAAUAGCAGCUUCAUAAAUUCUAAUAUCAUUAAUAAAAUAAAUUGUAAUAGUAAUAAUUCAAAUAAUAUUCCAAAGAUUUCAUGCAAUAAUAAUAAAAUUUCAAGUUCAAGCAUUAAUAAUAAUUUAAUAAAUUCAAGUAAUAAUAAAACAAGCUUAAAUAAUAUUAUAAAUAGUUGUAGUAAUAACUCUCAAAAUAAUUUAGUUUAUUCUUCUUUUGUUCCAAAUAUCACAAGAAAUUAUUCAUUUGAAUUGCAUAAUUGCUAUAAAAAAAAUGAUACAAAUAGUUUAUUUCAAAUGUGCAAUAUUAUUCCUAAUUGCUCAAAUGAUGAAGAAAUAAAAAAUACAAAAAAUUUUAAUAAGCAAAAUCAAUCGAAUAAUUUAAAAAAGUAUACUUUUAAUAAUGAUAUAAACAAAGUAAAGUUUAUGAAUGAUAAUGAAAAGGGAAAGGAAUUUGCUACUACUGAUAUUUAUUUAAGAGAUAAUCACAAAGGAAAGUUUAAAAAUAAUAAAAUAGUAACAAGCAGUAAUGAGGUCGUUCAAGCAAAUUAUUUAAAUAAAAAUGAGAGAAAAUUGUUGAAUUGUGAUAAAGAUUCUCAUAGCAGUAACUUAAAUAAUAUUAAUCUAAAAUUUAGUAAUUCUGGUUAUGAAAAUUUCUAUAAAAAGGAAAAGAAAAACUCAAAAAUGGAUGAAGAGUUAAUAAAUAUUAGUAAAAAUGAAAAAUUUAUAAAUGAGAACUAUGAUAUAACAGUUUUGAAGGAUGAUAUAAACUCUGUAUGUAUUAAAUAUGCUGAAAGUAUAAAAAAUCAUUUAAAUAAAAAAAUUAAUAAUAGUUCAAGUAAUUGUAUUAAUGAAAAUGACAGUUUAAAAAAAAAAGAAAUGAAUGAAGUACACAAUGAAAAAAAUCCUAUAUAUUUAGAUAAAAUGAAAAAUAAAUUUAAUCAUAAUAUUAUAAAUAGCAGUAUUGCUGAUAUAGAGAUGAAUAACCUAUUUUAUCAGGUAGAUAAUUCUAAUAAGAAUUUUAUUGAUAACAGAAUAAAUAAAAUAAAAGACAAGAAACAUAAUAUAAUAGAAAAUCUUCAAAAUAAUAGUAGAACAAAUAUUUUAAGUGAAAAUACAAAAAUAUGUGGUAACAAUAUAAAUAAAAAUAACAGAGAUAUAACCAACAAUGUGUAUAGUGUUGGAAAUAAUAUAAAUGAUAUAGUUAACUACGCUAUUAAUGAUAUGCAAAUUGAGAAGAAUAAAAUGAAUGAAAAUGCAAAUACAAAUAUAAAUGAAUAUUAUGAUAAUGAUAAUUUUAAUCAUGAUUUUGAUAUAAAUAAUUAUUUGAGUGAAUUAUUGAAGUUUAAAAAAAAUAUUCAUCAUAAUACUUUAGAUAAUUUAAAUGAUAACAUAUAUCAACAUAACCAGAUAAAUCAUUCGAGCUUAGAUAGAUUACGAAAUAAGAAUAUGUAUAAAAAUAACUCAAAUAUUUUAAGUAAUAAUAAUUCAUCAGAAAGUUUUAUAAAAAAAAACAAUAGUAUAGACCUUCUAAAAAAUAAUAUGAAUACAUCUUUUGGGUAUAUAAAUGAAACAAACGAAGAUAAAUUUUAUUCAUUUAAUAAUAAUAUAAAGAAUCAUAUAAAUGAAAAUAUGAAUAAGGAAAAUAAAAAAUGUAACAUUCAAAUAAGUAGCUUAAAUAGUAACAUAAUACAAGAUAAUUACGAAAAAGAAAACAAUGAAAACUUAAUUAUUUGUAACAGUAAAAAUAAUAAUAGUAAUUCAUAUAGUAAUGAUAAUCUAAAUAAUAACUAUAAUUUUAAUUCAAAUAAUAUAAAUAUUGAAAUAUCUUCAUCAAUAGAUAAUACUUUUUAUAAAAAUAAUGAUAAUAACGCUAGUUUUGUCUAUGGUGAUUUAAAAGCUAAUACAAGAGAACUAAAAAAAAAUGUAUCACAAAGAGAAAAUAAUAUUUUUGAAGAAUUAAAAGAUGGCAAUAAUAUAUAUACAAAUAAUUACUUAUUAAAUAACUGCUACGUUAUAAAUAAUAAAUUAGAUAUCAAGCCAAUUAAAAUUAAUGGAAAGUAA